AUGAGCUCUUCGUUCUUCAGCAGGUCGAUCCUCUCGCUUGCCGCUCUGUCAUACCUUGCGACAGCAGCGCCCCAUGCGUGUCAACAGCAGCAACAAACGAAGCAAGUGACAGUAGGGAAGGCAGUGUAUUUCAUGACGAAUGACGCUGAGAACGCUAUCGUAGCGCUUGCGAUUGGAAAAGAUGGUACGCUCUCCAAGGGCAUGGUGACGAAGACGGGUGGUGCAGGAUCGGUCUCCAUCGACGGAGCGACCAUGCAACCGGCAUUGACCGAUGCCUUGAUCGGACAGUCUUCCUUGACAGUAGUGGGAAAUGUGAUUUCUGAUAUCUCGCAGAAUGUUUUCGCCGUGAAUGCCGGCUCGAACACCUUGUCGAUGCUUUCCAUCAAUUCAGCAGACCCGACAUGCCUUGAAAUGGUUGGCCAGCCUGCUGCCAUCCCAGGCGAGUUCCCUAAUACGGUCUCCGCGUCUGCGAAAAACAACCUUGUGUGCGCUGGUACCACGGGAGCUCAGGCAGGAAUCUCCUGUGCUUCGUUCUCGAAAAAUCAAGGCCUAGGCAAGAUGGAUGCGCUCCGAAAUUUCGACAUCGGACAGUCCACGCCUCCCAUUGGACCUACGAAUACCGUUUCCCAGACCUUCUUCUCGAACGACGAGUCAAUGCUGUUCACAACGGUUAAGGGUGAUCCAGCAGUGAACAACACUGGUUUCUUGUCUGUCUUCAACAUCAUGGCAAAUGAGAAAAAGAGUGGGCAACUAUCGACGGAGGAGACCCGCAGCUCACCUGCCGGCACAGCAGUUCUGUUUGGAUCAUCCACAAUCCCCGGUAGCAACGAUCUGUUCGUUACAGAUGCUUCAUUCGGGGGAGCGGUACUGUCCCUGGAUAAAGACGCAAAAGCGACGGUCGCUGGUAUGCAAGCCAUCAACGGCCAAAAGGCGACAUGCUGGGCUACCGUUUCCGAUGCAACUAAGUCGGCGUACGUGACCGAUGUCGGUACCAACCGUGUGGUGGAAAUGAGCUUGAAGGAUGCGAGCAUCAUACACGAGCUAGAUCUGUCUGCUAACGGAGACCCGGGUCUGGUCGACUUGAAGAGCGCUGGCAACUUUGUGUACGCGCUUUCGCCCGGCAACGGUACCACACCUGCCGCCAUCACAGUUUUGGAUGUUUCGGGUGGUCAAGGGUCGAUGAAGAUGGUUCAGCAUUUCCAGCUGGACGGAAUUGCUGCGAAUACUGCGCAGGGUAUGGCGGUGUUGAUCUAG